GCUUUUGUUAGCCACAGGCCACAGGUCUCUCUCUUUUCCUCGAAAGCCCGCAAAAGCCCCCGAAACCCGCCGCCGCCGCGCCCUCGUCUUCACCUUCCCCAAGCCGCCGCCGGCCCCAUGGCCUCCUCCUCCUGCCCCUAUGAGGAGGACAGCUCCUCCGGCGGCGAACCCUCGAUCAAUAAACCCCAAAUCCAGGCGCCGGUGCGCCAAGAAAGCGAGGAGGAGGAAGAAUCCGAAUCGGCGCCGCCGGAGCCACGGAUCCAACCCAAGGGGAAGUCUUCAUCUAUGGAGAUGAGUGUGUUUAGGCUCAGGAUAAAAAAGGGGCUACUGAACUGUGCAUAUUGCCGCCGACCCCUCCGGCGUGACACUUACAAUUGCAGAGCGUUCACGUGCCAGUGCGUCCGCGGUCAAAUGUAUUGUCGUCAAUGUAUCCGCCACCACCAUUGUCUGCCUGCUGAUACCAAUGUGCUGAGCCGCAUCUUCGCUCAGAUGAACUUCAAAUGCGACUGCAAAAAAUACAUUCCUUACUUCGAGUUUCUGGAACACCGGCGUGACUGCCCGUCUGCCAAAUAUUCCACUCCUCCUGCCCGGUGGAAGUGCAUGCUGAAGACAAGUCUCCUUCAGUGUUCUGAAUGCGAGGCUCCUAUCCGGCCUCCCAUUUUCUUGCUUUGGAGUAACAAUCUCAUUUGUAGCGCCUGCUACCGUGGUGAUAUCAGCACCUACGGCUACAGGCACUGUACUGAGCUUGAGUACCUCCUCCGAGCUAUAAAGGUCAAAUGCAUUGCCUGCAAACAAUACUUUCCAUUCUCCUGGUUGGGGUCGCGCCAGGUGGGCGAUUGCCCAUUCAAGUGUGAAUUGCAAAACAUCGCCCCAGGCUCGAGUGCCCCAAAAAAGUUAUGUGAUGAAGAGGAAACCGAGAGACCUAUGGCCGGCAACAAUAGUAUCCAUGGGAAAAGUAAGCGAAAGGUUCAUUUUGAGGUUGGUAAAGUGGGCAAGCACAUUUUUCAUGGUGAUGAGGUUGCGAGUGAUGAUGACUCAUAUGAUGCUUCAUAUGAUGACAAUCAUAUGAAUAUGAAAGCACCAGGCCUCCAGCGGGCAACAGUACUAUCAUUAGUUGAGAGUGAUGAUGGCUCAUCUGAUGACAUCCAUCCUGAGAGUGGCAUGAGAGUGGCUGAAAACGCCUUUAACACACAUGCAAGUAACAAGAAAGUAAAGAUUGCAACGCCAUAUGGGCAGAAAACAGCCCAGGCUCCCUCGAAGCCACCUCUACAACUGUUACCUCGUCGCCCAGUCACCCGUAGCAAGAAGAGGGGUGGCGACUAGGUGCAAUGAUCCUCAGCUGACAGACUUCAUCGAGAGUGAAUUCCUCAGCGACUAGCAACCAAACAUUUCUUCAGUAUGGAACAGAUUGUGGAGAAUGAUGUUUUAUUUGCCACAGAUUUCCUGUAAUUAACACGUGUAAUUCUGAGGCUGUCGUGCAAAACACUGUUUUGCACUGUAGACUGUAGAUAGAGUGGAGUUUACAAUAGGAGGUGGGAUGCGAGGUCUGCUGGAGAUGGCCUGACUCUACAAAAAUUGUACUUUGGUGAAAGGUGGAAGCCAUCAAGAUCUCCGAGUAUGCCCAGCUGAGGAGUGGAUUUUCCAUUCGGUUUGAGUUGAAGUAACAGUAGGACUGUGUCAACAUCAUGAAAUGAAAAACAGUAGAACUUGUGAUGUUAUUGCUGUGGUUUAGGGUAGAACUUGUGAAAUGAAAAACGGUAGAACUUGUGAUGUUAUUGCUGUGGUUUAGGGUAGAACUUGUGAUGUUAUUGUUUGGGGUGCUCGUUGCCACCCCUUAAAACAUGACUAUGAGCUUCAAUGUAGGGUGCCGGAUGUGGAGAGAUUUUUCC